CCCUCCACGGCCACUCCUUCGUGCCCUCGCGCAGGUAAGUGUGUAGCGGUGAGUUUCCUCACCUGGAUCAGUUUACACGAGCUGUAGUAAAACGGGUUUCUUUUGAAAUGGUACGCGACUUAAGAUACGGACAAAAGCGCUGAAAAGAAUGGCCGGAGGUGGGAAUAAACAGAAUCCAAACUCUUUGGACAUGGAGCCUGGCUUUGAUGGGUUAGGACGAUGUUCCUGUGCAUUUUGGCUUGCCGUUGCCUUUGACAUAUUUGGCCUGCUCAUUCUUCUGCUUGGUGUCUUUCUUGAUGUAUUUUUCUACGACUUUCUCAUUUAUGCUGGAGCAAUCAUUAUCUUCCUAAGUCUUAUAUGGUGGGUGUUUUGGUAUACGGGAAACAUCGAAGUCCCACCGGAGGACCUGGAGGAUGACGUUGGUUUGUUGAAGAAGAAAGGGUUGGCAGGCGUUGUGAGGCGAUUCUCCAGUCGUCUCACUAGUGGAAUAAGUCGGUCUUUCAGGAGGAACGGGGCAGCUCAGGGUCACAGUGGUGCAACCAGAACAAGAACUGGCCGCUCAACUCUCCCAGAUGCCCAAAUAGUCCCAGUGGCAGUCUCCGAAGAAAACGUGCACACCGCGUCUGCAGCUAUUGAAGGAGAAGUCCCUGUGCUAGAGAGUACAACGGAAACAUCUGCCAUAUGACGUCAUUAUGCCAUUCGCCUGCUAGUAUGAGACAAGAUUGACGAUCCAGAACUGUUGAACUCCACUUGAAUUUUGUAUGAUGUUUACGAGAAGAGUUUUAACACUUUUUUUCUUUCCCAAAUUAUAUUUUUAUUUUUCCUAUAAUUAAUUUUGAUGGAAAUUAAUGUGAAUUUGAAAGUCAUGGUUUGAAGAUUAAUUUUAUAAAGACUUUUUGCUUGAUGAAGAUAAAGCUGUGUGCAAUAAAAAAAAUGGCAGAUUUCUUUCCACCUGCUGCAAUAACAAUAGACUAUAUUCCUUCCACACCUCAACGACCUUUGGUCAAAUAGGGUGGAUUUUCCAACCUAGCUUCCCCUUAUCUCUGUUUGCUUGCCGCUCAUUAUCUUCAACUCAAACUGAACCAUCAUGUUUACUAUUACAGCCUGGAAAUUACAUUUUUAAGAUGCAAAUGAAUGAGUGUUGUUUUUCAAAUAAAAUAUUUUUAUGUCUCACUGAAGCUUGGCAUUAGUUUUGCCACAUUAUAAUUAAAUUAUAAUUUUAUGCAAGAUUGCCUGUUUGAAUAAUGAAUGUGGUAUGAAUGGUGUGGGCACAAAGUCAUGCUUGAUCAUUUACAGAAUGUAAUGUUAUAUGGGUUAACUUUUCCGGCAUGACAUCAGACUUCACUUGGGGAAGACCAACAGUUUAGCCUUUGCAUGUAUGCAUCCUCACUGCUGUUAUAGACAGAUUUUUAAAUAGAUAGAUAUUUAAUGUGUAAAUGUACUGUAUAUAAAAGUUUAACUGUAGCCUAAGCAGCAAUAAUUUCGUUGGGAACCACUGAGAGAAUUCUAAGAAAAAGAAAGACAGCAUUUUUUUUAAUUUCCCCCUUUUUAUGAGGGUCAUAGCCUAAUAAAAUAUCUGUAUUAUUAUUCUUAAGAAAUAAAGUGUUUUUGUAUUAUUA